CCCAUCCCUUUGGAAGGAGAAAAAAACGACGGCGAGGGAAAAGAGACUCGAAAGUCGAGAAGGGAGACAAAUAUCCAGAUGUAAAAGAAAGUCGGAUAUACAGACGAGAGAGGGUGAAGCAAACAGCAGAAUAUUAUCCCUGUAUAAGGCAGAGAAAAGUAUGCACAGUCAUGCCGCUCCACAAAUCAACCCGAGCGUCUCGUUUGGACCCCACCAUGAUCUCAGCCCCUUUGGGUGACUUCCGUCACACCAUGCACAUUGGCAGAGGAGGUGACGCCUUCGGGGACACCUCCUUCCUGUCUACGCUGGGUCCAAGCCCACCCAUCUCCGACCCGGGGAGCCCGGGGUCUUCGUCUGUGGACUACCCAGCAGCUGUAAACCACAGUGAUCUGUAUCAAGAGCCUACGGGGAGCCUACAAAACGAUGAACACGAGUACUCCGUGUCGUCGUUCACCCUGGAUUUGGAUCUAGAUCUGGGCCCUUCCAUGCUGGGGGACGUACUAGGUGUGAUGGAUGGAUUGGGACUGGACUGCAACAAAGAGGAUGUGUUCAGUCCCAAAAGCGUUACGUCUCCAGUGGAAACAAAGCCCGGCAAGGAGAUGUCUGUUGUGAACAGGCACAACGAGCUGAACGGAAAGAACCUGAAUGAGAACCAGACGGGCGAUGGCCGAAUACCAGAUGGGAUCAAGCCGAAGGGGCUGCGACCCAAGGUGAGAUUCAGUGACAAGCGGGAGGAGAUCAUUCGCCAGGCCUCUGAGGAGGAAGAGGGUCAAGGGUUCGAAUUCCAGGAGGACCUGACGGUGAGUCCGACGAGGGGUGAGACGGAGUUCGCCGCCCACAAAGAUCUGCCUCCGAGCCCCGCCUCGUCUCAUAGCUCCGACUACGAAGGAGUGAGUGCGCUGGACCGGAGGAGGGUCGGCAGCAGCCACUCGGAGACUGACUCAGAGGAAGAGGAAGUAGGGCGGGGCUAUACAUUUGAAGAUGAGUUUGAUGAUGAGAUUGGACUAUAGGACCAGUCAAGUGUGUAUCAAGUGUUAGUUAUACACCCCUUAAGAAAAAGUUAGGGAUAUUGGGCUUUCAGUUGAAAUUUUGGAAUAAACCUAAAAUGCACUGUAGCCUUUGUGAACUUAAUUUGAGCUUCUCUAAACCUUUGACUGCACAUGUUCAACAUUUGAGUAAUCUUUUCACAACUUGCUAUUCUCUAACAAGGAGCUGAACAGCAAAAUUCACAACAGGUUUGAUCCAUGAAUGGACCAAUACAUUUCCAAGGUUUACUUCCAUGGCUUUCUGUGACUCUUCCAAUCUCUCUGUUGCAACCUUCUGAUGACACUGUCAGCUCAGAGGCCACUUCUCGGGGAGAACAUACAGUUAAAAGUUCUGAGGAGAGAUAUAGAGAAGUGGACAUCCUUGGAAAUAUUUGCCAUAGAAGAAAGUAAUGCAACAUUGGACAUGCGCAAUCAAAAUUGGUCAAAUGAAGCUCGACUGUGAAAAGAUUAUGGUGCAUUUUAGGUUCACCCUGAUCUUUCACUCAGACGACAAAUAUUCCUAACUUUUUGUGAGUAGUGCACAUCUUAAAUUACAUGACAAGGGGUCAAAGUGAUGGAUGUGAACUUGAUUUUUGUUCUCUCCUGAAAGCUGUACAUUGUGAAGACGAUGUUGCUCUGCUGGAAAGAGACUUGUUUUAUCGACAAGGGUAACAUAUGCCAAAGACCCAUAUUAUUACAAGCAGCAUUUGUUUUUGUACAGUGAAAAAGUUGUAGCACUUCCCCCCACACCCCAUUCACCCGGAGGCCUUUUGAAUCACAAUUUCAUCUUUUACCAAAUGUUCCAUCCAUGUUUUUAAGUGCCUUAAACUGAGCAAGUUUAGUAUUAUUGUAGUAUGUGCUGUCUACGGCUUUCCUCUCUACCAUUGCAUGUUUGCCUCCAUGUCUGUCAUUCGUUUUGACCGUCGUGGCAGAUUUUGUGAACGUGUAACAUUCCAUGUCUAGACUGAGUUUUCUGGAUCAGAUCUUGUCAGAUCUAACUGCAGAGUGCAGUUUUAUUAUUAUUUUUUGCACGUUUUCAUACACUACCAAAGCUUUUUCCUUUUUGGGCUGCAGGGCUGGAAAAAAAUGGGACAUGCUGAGACAAUCAAAUAUUUUUUUGUGUUUAUCCAUUGAACUUGCUGGCAUUUAAUGUCCUGUGGUUUACAAUGAAACAAUAAAACUAUUUGGGAUAUCAAAUGA